AUGGCUGCAGAGCUGCUUCCCACCAAGAAGCUGGUCCCCUCCGCCUCAGCGAGCAGCACCACCACCUCCUCCUCCUCCUCCAUCCAGCAGCAGAACCUCACCAACAACAACAGGACCACCGCCGCACAGGGCUGCUGCAGCUGGCAGGGCCUGUUCCCGACCAUCCGAGAGAGGAAUUCAGUCAUGUUCAACAAUGAGAUAAUGGCAGAUGUUCACUUUGUGGUGGGGCCGCCUGGCGGGACGCAGCGAGUCCCGGGACAUAAGUACGUCCUGGCCGUCGGCAGCUCCGUGUUCCACGCCAUGUUUUAUGGAGAGCUGGCGGAGGACCAGGAAGAGAUCCGGAUCCCCGACGUGGAGCCUCCUUCGUUCCUGGCCAUGUUGAAGUACAUCUACUGUGAUGAGAUCGACCUGUGUGCUGACACCGUGCUCGCCACCCUCUACGCCGCCAAAAAGUACAUUGUGCCUCACCUGGCCCGGGCCUGUGUCAACUUCCUGGAGACCAGCCUGAGCGCCAAGAACGCCUGCGUGCUGCUGUCUCAGAGCUGCCUGUUCGAGGAGCCCGACCUGAUGCAGCGCUGCUGGGAGGUGAUCGACGCCCAGGCCGAGCUCGCCCUGCGCUCCGAAGGCUUCUGCGACAUCGACACCCAGACGCUGGAGAGCAUCCUGCGGCGGGAGACCCUCAAUGCCAAAGAGAUGGUGGUGUUCGAGGCGGCGCUGAACUGGGCCGAGGCCGAGUGUCAAAGACAAGACCUGACGCCGACUAUCGAGAACAAGCGCCUGAUGCUGGGGAAGGCCAUCUACCUGAUCCGCAUCCCCACGAUGGUCCUGGAGGACUUCGCCAACGGGGCGGCGCAGUCCGGCGUGCUCACGCUCAACGAGACCAACGACAUUUUCCUGUGGUACACCGCCGCCAACAAGCCCGAACUGCUGUUCUGCACCAAACCUCGUAAAGGCCUGGCGCCGCAGCGCUGCCACCGCUUCCAGUCCUGCGCCUACCGGAGCAACCAGUGGCGGUACCGCGGCCGCUGCGACAGCAUCCAGUUCGCCGUGGACAAACGCGUCUUCAUCGCCGGCUUCGGCCUGUACGGCUCCAGCUGCGGUUCGGCCGAGUACAGCGCCAAGAUCGAGCUGAAGCGCCAGGGCGUGUCGAUGGCCCAGAGGCACAUCAAGUACUUCUCGGACGGCUCCAGCAGCACUUUCCCCGUGUCCUUCGACUACCCGGUGCAGAUCGAGCCCGACACCUUCUACACCGCCAGCGUGGUGCUGGACGGCAACGAGCUCAGCUACUUCGGCCAGGAGGGCAUGACAGAGGUGCAGUGUGGGAAAGUGACCUUCCAGUUCCAGUGCUCCUCGGACAGCACCAACGGCACCGGGGUGCAAGGGGGCCAGAUCCCCGAACUUAUCUUCUACGCCUGAGGACGUAGACUUUUACUUUGAAAGUGCGGAGACGAGUUCUCGGGUAGCUGUUGGAGGAGGGAGGGACUCCUGAAUUUGCUGCUGAGCCUCGGAGACGAGACGACGGUUCGGUUGGAACAUGAAGGCGCUAUUGAAGAAGGCUGACACCUCACAUUCCUUCACACCUCUGUUGUUGUUUUUGUUUACAGCAGCUGUUGUUGAGUUCGGGUUAUCGCUGUUUCACUUUAGAAUUUACUGAGAAAUUGGAUAAAACGCCCGGACAGGACAGUCUACUGCAGUGAAUUAAAUACCUGACAAAUCAAAGUACUUCAUUGUAGUUUUUAUCAUCUAAUAUUGACACAAAGCAGUCCUGAUGUCCGAAAACACCCUGAGGGGUUAAAGGGAGAGUUACUAUGUUAGCACCGGUAACAUACAUUUUGUCAUAAUCCGACACAAAUACACACACCUCCUAAUCUCAACAUUGCUUUGUGCUGAUUGGUUGAUCUAAUGACAUAUUAACGCUAAACCCAAAAUCUGUACACAUAUCUCUGAAUAACAUCUGUACUAUUUUCUCUAUCAAUUUCAUUGAUGAUUAAUCCAUUUUUUUAUUAUACUUUAUUAACUCGGAGACAUGUUUAAACUGUUCAUCUCACGGAUUAGUCGACUAAACAUUUGAGCACAAUCCUCUUCCACAGCACAUUUUACUCAAACUACACUCAAUGACUUCUAAAUGUGGGUUUAAAUGUGCAGCAAAAAGAUUUAAGAUUUAUGUUUGUAAGAUCACUUACAAACAAAAUAUAAUGAAUAAAUAAAAUACUGAACCCAGCAGCUCUAAAGUGUUCGGUUUGAGUGUUGACAUUCUGCCAUCGGCUCCACAAAACAAAACAGGUUUUCGGUUUCUUGCCUUAAAGAUGAUGCGUUCAGUUUCAUGAAUCACAGAGAUGUUGAAAUGUUUAAAUGAAGCUCAUUCAGUUUAAAUUUAAAGAUCUGGAAACAUUCCUGCUGUUACUGUAGAACUGAAGGACUUUUAAACAAAUGAAGCACUCCUUUGAUGUUUUAACAGGUGUUUACUGCUGGUUGUUUUGGUUCUUAAAGGUUCUCUUUACGAUGUUCGGAGCAUCAAUAUAGCAGAACUAUUCUGAGCGUCUCGGUGCUUUGUUGACCGGUUACAGCUGAUAACGCCAUCCCGACCUGCGGUUUUCAGUAAAACACUGUUUCCUCUGUCAGCACUGCUGCCGUCGUUAGCGCUGUUAGCACCGCUAGCCGCCGGCUCAGCCGUCGCCGUGUGGAGGCGAUAGAUAUGCUCUGAAUUUUGUAUUGGAAACCUUUAAAGCAGAAUAAUAGCUCUUUAUAUUUGUAAUAUGACAGCUGAUCACACUCCUGACUUCUUUUAUACACACUACUUCAGACAUGCUGUAACCUUCCUCUGGUGCUCUGUACUGUCUUCUUCUUCUCUUAUGAAAUGUGGGAACUUAAAGGAGCAUUUCAUAGAUAAUAUGAAAGGAUUUUACCCGUAACUACCCUUUUUGUUUGUGUUGUAUUUAAAGAACAGUAUUCCUCAGACAUCAUUCCUACAGAUAGUCAACAACUUCUAUGCUUUUAUUUUGAAAAACAUAACAUGUUUGUACUGCAUCCUGACUUAGUGUUUCAUUAAUGUUGCAGUCCUGUAAAUAUUUCUGUGUUCGUGUCCUCUUCUUCUUCAUCUGUUCUCUUUGAAAAUGGAGGGAAAACAGUUUUAUAUGAUUCUAUAUUGAAGAAACAUAUUUUUGGAUGUCUUUGUUUCCUGUUAUCUGAUUCCAACCAGAGUGUGCAGUGAGCUGGUGGCCUUAUGAAUGUGUUGUUGUGACAAAUUUGGAAAUAAAAGGUUGAGAUGUA